GCCUGCGCCAGGGCGGCGGAUUCGAACGGCGGCGGGCGGUGCUGGGCCCUGUUACAGCAGCAGGAGCAGAAGGAGAAGGGGGAGAAAGAGGAUGAGGCGCACGGUGCCCCGCGGCACUUUACGGAAGAUUAUUAAGAAGCACAAGCCUCACUUACGCCUGGCAGCUAACACCGACUUGCUGGUACAUUUGAGCUUCUUGUUGUUUCUCCAUCGGCUAGCAGAAGAAGCCAGGACGAAUGCUUUUGAGAACAAAAGUAAAAUAAUUAAACCUGAGCAUACUAUAGCUGCAGCAAAGCUGACUUCACUUGAAGAGAUAUGUCUGCUUUGGAAUUAUAGAAUGGCUUUCUUUGGAAGGGACCUUAAGGACCACCCAGUUCCAACUCCCUGCCAUGGAUAGGGACCCCAUCCACCAGAUCAGGCUGCCCAGGGCCCCAUCCAGCUUUGCCUUGAACACCUCCAGGGAUGGGGCAUCCGCAGCUCUUCUGGGCAACCUGUGCCAGUGCUUCACCAUUCUGAAUAAAGAAUUUCUUCCUAAAAUCUAACCUAAAUCUCCUUUGUCUGGGUUUUCUGAAGUAUCUCAGUCUAAUGUACUGAGUUAUCUGUUCAACCACCUUCUUCUGUUGUGCAGACUAGAAGAGUAACACUCAGUGGCAUCUGAUAUCUUGGUCCCGUGGCUUCUGUUUAUCUUCAGUCUUUCUUUCCACUAGCAAAAUGUUUAGUUUGAUAGUUUUUGUUACUGUAGUAACAGACAUAUAUACAGAAUGUGUAGGGUAGCCAAGUUAAUGUUGCAGUUGGAAUCUUAUGCAUUUGUAAUUUCUUUUUAACUGCAAUCUUAAUGUUAUUUGAACAUUUCUUGCUCCAUUUAUAUAUGUUUUUUUAAGAUGAGAAGAAAGGAAAAACUGCCUGUAUUUUAAUAAUGUUAACACUUCAGUGGUCUCACUUGGGCUUUGAAGUUCAUUUUUCAACUUAAACUCCAAACCAAAAAAUGUCCUUCCAAGGGUCUGGGCACUCUUAAUAUGGGAAGAAGUAAGGCACUGCAAACAAAAACUGAGCGUAAUAGCUGUAUAAUUUCAAAUUCUAGUUUUUUCUUUUUGUCUAGGCCUAAUGGGAUAAGAGCGUCAAGGAAUAUGCUGAGGGCUUGAGAGUGCUAUUGAUACUUCUUGGCAUUCAAUUUAUUAAAAAAAAAAAAAAAAAGCAGAGCCCUUUAUUUUUACAAAGUUCUUGGUUAUGAGUUUUAUUAUUUUCUGAUAUGGCAUAUUUAUAUAUGUUUUUCCUUUAUUCCAAUCAUUUUCCAUAGACUUCUACUCUUGGUCACUCUACUCUUGGAAACAGAUUGCUUGGCUGGAAGAGCCACUGAUCUGAAUAUCUUAGUAUUGUUUUGGAUCUUAUUGCUGUCUGGAUUGUAAUGUAGAUAGAAGCAAUUAUAAAUAUACUUUUCUCUUUUUGCAGGUUAUUUUAAAGAAAAGCAGAGGCUAGAGGAAAAAAUAAAAAAAGAAAUGCAGAGGCUAGUAAACAGCAAUGGAUUUUCCAAACAUUUUUCUGUGUUUUCUUAUGAACUUGAGAUCCUGUGAGCUAACUUUGCACCUGGGAAAGCAUUUAGUUUUAUUUAUGUCCAUCUCCUGACUCUGAGUAUCUUGCAUCUGCUUUUGAAAAAUACAUACGUGCACACAUAUUGUGAUGUUUUCAUACACUUGAUAAAUAAUUUUAGAAUGUAUCACUUACAGCCAAUUAUCAUUAGUGAUAGUGUAAUUUAAGAUUUGCUGUACUUCAUUUCUCCCAUAAUAAUGGAAGGAUCCCUAUAUUGUACACAUUCUUCAAGUACGUGUAAUUUAUCCUCAAAAGUGUGAAACUUUAUAAGAGGAACAGCAGUAAGGAUACAGAUUUCACUAAUUCCAUUAUAGGUUAUGCAAAUUCAGAGUAGAUUUACUAGAUAGACAAAACCUUGGCUUUCAAAAUAAGCGCUGUAGAAGCUAGUAUGUUAAAUACCUUGGCUUUCAUCUGUUUAUAAAUAUCUGAAUGGUUUUAUAUGACUGAAAAGUAGAUUAACACUUCCACGUUGUGGAGUAAGAAUACAUAUUUUAUGUUUAGGAAUCAUGCUCUGAACUGUUAAGCUGGUCUGUUUUUUGAUGUGGUGUUUGGGACAAGUUGCUGGCCUCUAAUUCAGCUGCUGUGAACAGACGCGUGUUGGAAGCAGGGAGGAAUAUCAGGCUUAGUUGAUGUUUUGAAGUUAUCUUCAGUGUUGUACAGGGUCUAAGUUGGCAUGAUGCUUGAACUACUUCUUUUACCACUUUUUGAAUGUCAUUCUAACUUGUCAGAAGCCUGGAAAUGUAUGUUACAUAAAAUCUUGAAUUAAAAUCUGUAUUUUAAAUACUUUGUUUAGUUAAUCUUUUAAUAAAAUUAAAGUUGAAUCUAGCUAUUUGAGCUGAUAAUACUGUUUCAUGGAAUCUGUAGUAGAUAAUAUGCACAGUGAGAUAUUUUCAAAAUAAACAUUUUUUUGCACUAUUA